CAAAUAGUUAGUCUAUCCAUUCUCAUCAUCAAUGUCAAUCCAGCAACGCUACACAAUACCCACACUGAGGAUCAUCGAAUUCAGCAUCGAAUUUUGACAUUAUUAGGUCACACUUGACUCAAGUUUUUGUUGUUUGGCGCGCCCUGACCGCGGUUCGCGUGGGGCACAUAACUUACCUAGGGUCCAGGAACUUCACAAGCUUGGCUGGGCCUUGGGUUGUUGAUCGUUCAAGUUCUCGUUGUCAACUAGGCUUCUCUAUGAAACUGCAAGUCUUUGCGGCGUUACACUAUUUGACUUAUUUCAACUUAAUUGUAUGAGACAGCUGCGGUGGUCGGAGAAACGCGAACUUGGUGUUACUCGUGUAAUACUUGGUUUGUGACUCAACAGCAGCUUCAAUCUCUGAUACAACGAAGAACAAUCGACCUAAACCAAAUCCAAUUGCGAAUCAGUCCCUCUUUCUUAUCAAUUAUAGAAAAUUCGCGACAAACUUAUAACACCUCCGCCAAUAUCCUGGUAUAAAACCUCCAGACGCACUUAUGGCCUCUCCUGCAGCGAGCGUCCAACAGGACGAUAUCGACUCCACUGACCCUCACCUCACUGACCCGACCUUGCUGAAAGAUCAUUCAGAGUUCAAGUCCUAUACAACAAGUCGUUUCACAUACUCUGGGAUUCGGGUUUUCUACCGAAAACGUAUCAAGGCAGACGCACUACCCCAAAAGCCUGCUCCAUUACCACUAUUGGUAUUUCUGCAUGGCUUGGGCGGCUCUGUUGCCCAGUUUCAUCCUCUGUUAAGUAGUCUGGUGGAUGUGGCCACUUGCAUGGCAAUUGAUUACCCCGGUUGUGGCCGAUCUGAUUUCUCAGUCCUUGAUUGGGAAGCCUACACGACGGAUGCUUUGGUAGAGCUUUUGGAAACAGUCAUUGAGGACUAUCGAGAUAAGGACGCAGGUCAACGAGUGGUCCUGAUCGGCCAUAGCAUGGGGACAGGUCUCGCUGCUAAGCUGGCCAACACGCAAGUCGAGCACACAACCUCGUUAGCCGAGUACGUCGUAGGGUUGGUGGCUAUCUGCCCUGUGUCAAGCCCUCCUGAUGAAUCAAAGACAUGGUGGGCUCGGGUGGGACUUUGGGCUCCAGAAUGGAUGUUUGAUCUUUGGCGAGUCUGGAACGGUUGGGGAGGACACAACAGUACCAGCGUCAGGCGUUUCGUUGGAAAGGAUGCCGACGAGGCUACCCGAAAACUCCAAUAUCGCUUCAACAGACAGAGUCGAACCCCGGUCUUUAGACGUAUGGCCAAUGGCGCCCUACCACUCUAUCAAAACGGCAAACCUAAAGGCGGCCUACCGACCUUAGAGGUCUGGGCAGGAUUAAAUAUCCCCGUCUUUCUGAUAGGUGCUGAGGGGGACACUGUUGUUUCGCCUGAAGAAGCCACAAGAAUUGCUAACGUAUUGAACCCUGACAAAACUCUGCCAGAAUCAGGGGCAUCGGAGGAGACACAUGAGGCUAUCGCCGAAGCUGCUGCCCCCGCCAACACUUCUACAAAACCGCAGGAUCAUAUUCCACAAGCUAUUGAAGAUAUCAAUGAUGAUGACUUCACAAAGGCCAAGUCUUCGGUGGCUCCCAGCUCAGAAGUGGACAGCCCCAAUGAUCCCUCAACCCCCAAUGAGACUAUGACUGAACUACCUGCGCAACCGAACCAUCCCAGGAAGGUAGUAAAGACCGCUGUUAUGCCACUACCUGCAACACACGCUGUCCUCUACGCUCCUUGCUCAGCUCGUGCCGUCGCCGGGUUAAUUUCUGAUUUUUUGGCCACGCACGUUACUGGAAGACUUUCACUGGCCUGGCAACUGCAAUACCUCAACCAGGAGGGAAAAUGGGACGUCAAAAAUCUUAACAAGUGGAAGUCUGUUACUUCAGUAUCCGAGCCGAUUGGACGUACUGGAAACCCCAUUUUCCGGGCACUCAAGACACUUCGUGAAGUGGAUGAUGUCCAUUCUCCACAGAAUUUUAUUUCAAAUUGGGGUUCUAUUGUCAAAGAUGUCAUUGAUAUCUCCAAAGACCAUCCUAAAUAUGACCCUCGCGGUCUAGAACGAGCUGGGAUUCAUUAUCAUAAGUUCGCCACAGUUUCGAAGAAACCCCCCGAGGAUCGUGAGGUUGAAGGUUUUAUCAAAUUAGUUGACGAUCUUCGAAGUCGGCAGCCUGCGCGUGCUACCACUGAGGGCUGGACAAAUCCGGAGCAGUGUGUUAUUGGAGUGCACUGCCAUUACGGCUUCAACCGCACGGGAUACCUUAUCGUAUGCUAUCUCGUUGAGCGGUGCGAUUUCGGUGUUCAGGAGGCUAUCGACACAUUUGCCAAGGCGAGGCCAAAUGGGAUCCGCCACUCGCACUUUAAGGACCAUCUAUAUGUACGAUACAAUAUUGGUUCGGCUUCAGUCAGGCGGUCAUGAUCAUCAAGGGAGAAAGGCGUUUGGUUAAGGGGGUUAACGGUCACAAGCGAGGAGUACAUUGGUUUAAAACAUUGACUUGGUUAACAACUAGGAGUCUGGCUGGUGGUAUUUGUUGGUAACUAGCGUAUAGAUAAUUGACUGUUCGAUGCUUUGAUCGCAGUCAAGCAUUGUAGCGGUCACUGAAUAGACAUGAUAUGCUACCCAA